AAAUUCCCUCGUUUUUUGGGAGUAACUCCAAUAAGACAGCACAAAAUAAUUUUCUGAUAACGACAUUCACUUCUAUGACAUUUUCCUAUUCUUAUUUUUACUGUGAAGCAAAUUUAAGAAAAAGUUUAUCAGGAAGCAAGUUACUCCACUUAACAAAAAUAUCGUACCUCCCCUCCCCUAGUUCCCUCGGGAUUUUGUUUCCAAACACGUGCUUAUAGGAGGCUUAUGUGAAUGAGCAAGACUUGACCAAUAAGAUUGAAGUACCGUUCUCUAACUGGGCUCAUGAUUGGCUAAUAUUUGAAUCAGCCAAUAAGAGAGGGAAGACUUGACUUCAAAUCGUCUUCAUCUCUUUAUUUCUUUGUCAUUUAACUUUCCUCGCUGCUCUUUUUCAAAGAAAUUUCGUUCAAAAGCCUUCACAUUUGUACAUCUUUUGCUACAAUAUUCCAAUCUCUAAAGCUAUUAACAUGGAUGAGAAUGAAGGACGUAUUCGCGCGUUUAAAAAUAAGGGAAAAGACAACUCGGAGAUGAGAAGGAGGAGAAAUGAUGUUACUAUAGAACUAAGAAAGGCCAAAAGAGAUGAUCAGGUCCUGAAAAGGCGCAAUCUCAAUGAGCUGGAAACCAGUCCCUUGAAAGAAGUCAAUUCUCAACAGGUCAUACAAAUUUUGCCACUUCAUACAGUUUUCCAAAACUUACAAACUGGAGAUGACAAUACUAUAUUCCUGAGUGUUCAGUCUGUGAGGAAAAUGCUGUCUAAAGAGAAGAAUCCACCCGUGGAUGCUGUAAUAAAGGCUGGACUUGUCCCAUAUCUGGUUAAAUACUUGGAGCRUUGUGAUUUUCCUCUCCUUCAGUUUGAAGCUGCCUGGGCACUAACUAACAUUGCUUCUGGUAACUCAGACCAGACGAAGACUGUAGUCGAUCAGGGAGCUUUACCACUUUUUGUGAAGCUGCUGUCGUCACCCCAUACAAAUGUAUCUGAGCAAGCUGUAUGGGCACUAGGCAACAUCGCAGGUGAUGGACCAAUGAUGCGCAAUGCUGUUAUAUCAGCUAAUGCAUUAGGGCCACUAUUGGCACUCACUGCUCAACCCACUUCUGUCCAGUUUCUGCGUAACGUUACCUGGACAUUAUCUAACCUUUGUCGUAACAAAGACCCUCCUCCAGAUGUCUCAGCUGUCAAAAUGGUUUUACCAACACUUGUUCGACUUCUUCACCAUGAUGACAAAGAGGUUCUAGCUGACACUUGCUGGGCUUUAUCAUACUUAACAGAUGGUGUGAAUGACAGAAUUCAGCUGGUGAUAGAUUCAGGAGCAGUUCCACAACUAGUAAAACUGCUAGGUUACCCUGAAGUGAAUGUUCUAACUCCUGCACUGCGAGCUGUUGGGAACAUUGUUACUGGAAGAGAUGAUCAGACACAGGCAAUAAUCGAGAGCAAUGCAUUAUUCUACUUUAGGAAUCUUCUUACACAUAAACGGCCCAGCAUAAUCAAGGAAGCAGCAUGGGCGAUAUCUAAUAUAACAGCAGGAACAAAACUGCAAAUUCAGUGCGUAAUAGAAGCUGGUCUUAUUCCCCUUGUCAUUGGCAUCCUAAAAAGAGUAAAAGGUGACUUCAAAGCAAAGAAGGAAGCAAUCUGGGUCAUCACUAACUAUACAUCUGGUGCUUCUGCAGACCAACUCAAAUACCUUUUACAUUGUGACGUUAUUCCUCCCAUGUGUGAACAAAUGGAAUUCCUUGAUCCAAAGGCUUUAUUAAUUCUCCUGGAUGGCUUGAAUAACAUUUUCCAUAAUGCCGCUUCAAUAGAGGAAGGAGCUGCUGAAUUUGUAGCAGAAAAGUUUGAAGAGAGUGGUGGAAUUGACAUGCUUGAAAAACUACAAGAACACCCCAGGCCUGAAGUAUACCUAGCCAGUAAAGCACUGAUUGAAAAGUACUUCUCAGAAGGAGUUGAUGAUGAGGACCCCAAUCUUCAACCUGAUAGCACCGAGGGGUAUCAAUUUGCACCUCCUCAGUCAGCUCCGCCCACAGGAUUCCAAUUUACUUGAUGAGGACAACAUAUCGUUACUCUAUACCAUUCGUCCUUUGAAUAUUGUAAAUAUUAUUCUAAUAAUAAUACUAUAGUUGUCAUUGAAUCAUGCUCCGACUUGUUUGAUACAGGAGAGAGCAAAACUGGAUUGUCAAGUCAUGCAGGCUAGAAGUAUUUCAAAUAUUGUGCAAAAUAAUUAUUGAGAUUUCCUUUGGUACAGUAUCGGUGUAAUGAUGAUGAAAUAUAUGGAAGAAUUGAUCAUUAUACACACUAGGCAUUAAAUGAAAUAUUUGACUGCUAAAGUGAUAGAUUGGUGAGAAAUGUUUAAUGGAGAAGGGAAUCAAUGAUCAUACUUGGAAUCAGCUUUUUGUUCGACACAAUUCGAUGCAAUUAAACAAAAUAAAGAUUCAUAAUUAUAUUGCAAAUCAA